UACCGAGUUGUUUUGUGCCUUGGAGCCAUGCAGCCUCAUCUGGUUUUAAUUAUUUUAUUAUAUUACUAUGUUAUCACAUUUUAGUGCAGUAGCAAGAGAUUGAGGAGGUCCUGCUGGAGCACAUCUGACCGUGUCAGCAACCUGAAGAGUCAGUGGAAUCUCUUGACUCUUCAUGCCUUCUGCUGCGAGUAUUAGCUAUGUGCAGCUACCUUGGCAGCUGUUGGUAUUAUUAGGCUAAUCAACUCAUGUUUUUCAUAGUCAAAGUACAGAGUAUUUUCCUUUUAGGAAGGGGGAGUACCUCUUAAAGAGAAGAGAAAAAGGAGGCAGUGAUUUAUAAUUGUAUCUCCUCGCUGUUUUCUGAAGAAGGUUGAUGGGGAUGUGGGCUCCUCAGAGUAUAUUGAGGCAUUCGUGUUGCAGAAAGGGUGGUAGUAAAUUUCAGCCUUUGCUCCUUUCCCAAUCUGCAGUUUCUGAUUUCUUAAUAGAUUUUUGGAUCUGGAUUAGAAUUUACCACAUGAGAUUAAAAGAGAUUAAAAACAAACUGGCUGUUCUCUUCCUGCUUAAUUUGCUGGGAUUCCAAACUGUCCUCUCCCUUGGAUGCCUCAAAGCCAAAGGGUUGAGAAGGCUCCAUGUAAUCCCCUCUUGAGGUCUGUUUGGAGCCAGAUCUUGUCUAUGUGUGUGUCAUUUUGUCUCUUUUAAUACACUGCCCUGACUUGCUUGCUGCGAAGGGAGUAUGCAUCUGGAGAUCAAAGUUGCUCUUAACUUCAUCAUCUCAUACCUGUACAACAAGCUUCCUCGGAGGCGGGCAGACCUGUUUGGUGAGGAGCUAGAGCGCCUGCUGAAGAAGAAAUAUGAGGGUCACUGGUACCCAGAGAAGCCGCUGAAGGGAUCUGGCUAUCGCUGCAUUCAUAUCGGGGAGACGGUGGAUCCAGUGGUGGAGCUGGCAGCCAAGCGGAGCGGGCUGGCUGUGGAGGAUGUACGUGCCAAUGUGCCGGAAGAGCUGAGUGUCUGGAUCGAUCCUUUUGAAGUUUCCUACCAGAUAGGUGAGAAGGGCUCUGUUAAGGUCCUUUACCUGGAUGACAGUGAGGGCUGCAGCGCCAUGGAGCUGGACAAGGAAAUCAAGAGCAGCUUCAACCCCGACGCCCAGGUAUUUGUCCCCAUCGGCAGCCAGGACAACUCGCUGUCCAACUCUCCGUCCCCCUCCUUCGGCCAGUCGCCCAGCCCCACCUUCAUCCCUCGCUCUGCCCAGCCCAUCACUUUCACCACUGCCACCUUCGCUGCCACAAAGUUCGGCUCCACCAAGAUGAAGAAGGGCGGAGGAGCCGGAGGAGGGGGCAGCGGAGCAGGGGCUGGGCAGCAGCCGAGAAUGGUCAGGUCUCCCACCACCAACCUGCUGAAGCACAAGGGCCUCUCCCUGUCUAUGCACUCUCUGAACUUCGUCGGCAGCGCCGGGAGCCAAGCCCCGCAGUCGCAGCUCUCCCCCAAUGCCAAGGAGUUCGUUUACAGCGGCGGGUCGCCGGCAGCCAGCAGCCUCUUCUUCGAUGGCGUUGGCAGUGAGAGCCAGGCCAGCAGCAUCCCGCCGGCAUCGCAGUUCAACACUGGCACGGGUGGUACCUUUGAUAUGGCUCAGGUCUUUGGUGGCAGCACCAACAGCCUCUUCUUGGAGAAGUCUCCCUUCGUGGAAGGACUCAGCUACAACCUGAAUGCCAUGCAGUAUCCCAGCCAGUCAUUCCAGCCUGUCGUCUUGGCCAACUGAACACCAGGAAAGAGAGUAUUUUGGGGCAGGGAGGGAGGGGGGAGAAACAAGAACAAAACAAACAAGAGGGAGAGAAAAAGAAAAAUAGAAAUAUACAGAAAAUAUUCAAAUCUUAUAAAUAUAGCUUCUUGGGAAAAGAGAGAGCCCAGUGUUGUUGCGCUGUGCUGGCAACGCUCCUGAAGCACUGACUUGUUUUUUAACUCAGUCCCUAUGCUUUUUUCCUACUCACUUUUUUACUCCUUAAAUGAGUCUCGGGAUUUUUUUUGGUUCAUGUUUCCCCUUCCCCCAGCCCAGGACUGGUGCAACCAUAGGUCAUGAUGCUCCUGAUUCCCUGCACCCCCCCCCCAGCGCUGGACACAGGGUCCUUCCACCUGGGUGUAGGGAUGUCUUCUUCGUACCACCUUGCUGGAGGCUGGAGGAGGGACGGGGAGAGGAUGAGUCAGUGGAGAUACACACGCUCUUGUUGCGUGCUAGCCAGAAAUGGGUGGGUGAGCUUGCUUGUUCUGUUACGGGUCUGUGUGUAGACGGAGAGCAUCUACUGUGCCCACGGGCAUAGACCCGUUGUGCUGUUGCUGAUGCCAGCCUGGGCUGGAGCAACUGCUCUGUCUGUGUGCUGCAAAGCACUAACUCUUCUCCUUGACCACCUCCCGGCAUGUAGCAGGGAGGGCAGAGCGUUACUGUGAAAUAGCUUCUUCCUGCUCCCUUCCUCACCUGCGCUUCCAGCUGCGGCUGCAGGAGGACAGCACCUUGAACCGAGUGGCUGGUUAUUGUCCCCUUCUGAGCAAGGGGGCCUUGCUGUGCCCCUCAGGGCUGGCCGGGCAGUCUGGGCUGGGUCUGAGUUCUCAUUCCCUGCUGUGAAUUCAUCAUCUUGUCUCAAAGAGGGAAUUCCUUCCUUUUUUAGUUAGCAAGGCAGCACGACUUUAGAGGAAGAGGAAGGGCUGUGUUGUUGAAGCUGCUCUCUUGAGUGGUAGCGUAAGGGUUUGUGCUUUCAGCCAGGUACCCACCUGACUACAUCCCCUCCCCUGCCCCUCCGGAGGAGUGGGAGGAAGCAACUGAUCCAUCAUGGAGGGGAAGCACCUAGCCCAAACUCAUCAUUCCAGCUAGAGCACGUCAGUGCAGAUGGUGGCAGGCUUAGAGCAGCGCGGAGCUGGGCGCUCUGAAGGUGAGCAGUCAUCCUGGUGGGUCAGUGUACAGUGCCUCCUUGCCACGGGUCCCGGAUCGGGAAUGCCCCUGGAGCUUUCCCCAGGAUGAUGUGUUGCAGUUGGGCCGCAGUAGCUUUACAGCUAGGUCGCUUGUGUGUCAGGGACUCCAAAAGCCACCUUCACAGGAAGCUGAAGGAGGGCUGCUUCUUUCCCAGGGAGGGUGAAGGCUCUCUAGGUGGGAAGGAGGCUGCCUUGGAGGCUGUUGUGGGAGUAUGGAAGUGUGCAGAGAGGAGAGAGGUGGAGAUGAUGAGACUCCAGUCUUCAAAGUUCUCACUUUAAAAGAAAAAUAAGCUGCUUUUUUUGCUGACUCCCAGUCUUGAGGUUUGGUUUUCUUUCAGUGAUGUCUCUGGAGCACCCACUGAAACCCACUUCUCCUGUAUUUGUCAAACCCAUGUGCUCUUUCAAGACAUCUCUGUUUCAGGGGAGGUGGGCUUGAACCCCUGCUUCUCCUCCUCCCUCCCCGCAGCGGAGAUGAAUGCACUCUGGCCCUCUUGUAGUUGUGCUGCCAGGGAGCCCCAGGGAGGCUUCCACUGCCCGGAGCUCUGCAGGGACAGUUCUCAGCACCCUGCCCCUUGCUGGGGGCUGGGGGGAGGCAUGGUCCCUACCUCCCUUCCCGAGCAGGCUGCUUGCCAUGGAGCUAUGACCAACACACGGGUGGGCAGGGACGGUGGCUUCCCCCAGACCAGCCUCCGCGGGCUUCCACACCAGGACACGUUGCUGAGGAAUGACCAAGGAGUUGGGUUUCCCUUUUGUUUUCCUUGUGUUUUUUGACACACACACCCCCCACUGAUGGACAUCACCACUGCCACCCCGUCCUUCUCCUGCUGUCCCCGCAUCCGGAUAGCACGCUCUCCUCCAGCACAGGAAGAGAAAGGAAAGGAGGAAGGAAAGGUUGGGAUAACCCCCCCCUGCUCUGUCCACCCGCUUAUGUGUGUGAAGCUUUGAUGCCGCUUUGCCCUGCCACAUGUAUUCUGCCUGCUUGAAAACGCAGUGGUGUGAGUGAGUGGAAGGAGGAAGAAGAGGAGGGACCAACCUCUUUGUAUCUUGAAAGGAAAAAAGCGUGCUUCAGAAGUGUUCCUCCAGCGUCAGGCAGCAAUGGAAACUUAACGGCCUUUUCGGGUCUUUUCUAGUCUUGGAUGUAGGCGUUCAGCUUCGAGUUUAUUUUUUAAAAACCUGCACUAAUUUCCCUGGUUUCUUAGGAAGAAAAAGAGAGAUUUUUUUUUUUUUUUUAACUUUUGUUUUUUAUGGGUUUGUGUUCUUUUUUUUUUUGUUGAUGUCCGUUUGUAUUGAAUAAUUUGCUACAUUUGUAAAAUGUAAGAGGUAUAUAUAAUAUAUGUAUAUUUCUAACGUAAAAAAAAAAACAAAACUGUAAUUUUUUUCUUUUCAAGAUUUUUUCUUAAAAAGAGGAGAGAAAAAAAAAUAAUAUUUUUUCAGGAAAAAAACUUUAAAAAAAAAAAGAAGUGGUGAAGAUUCCUUUCUCCCCACUCCCGCAGCCUCCCUCCUCUCCUUCCCGCCCUUCUCCGAGGAGUGAAUCCACAGUUGCCUUGUGGGAGAGGAGGAGUGGAAGAGGCCAGAAGUCUGUAUGUGUCCGAGCAGAGGGUUUCUGUGUGCACUCUGCUUUUGGGGUUCUUUUCCCAGAUGGGGGCUGCUGAGAGGGGGGAUCCAGGGGGUUGCUGUCUUUUAUUUUUUAUUUUUCUCUUUAUUUUAUUUUUAUUCUUUUCUUUAGCGAAGGAGGAAUACAAUCAGAGUUUUGUAUUCAGAAUGUUGUGCAAUAUUUUGGAAGGGGACAUUGGUGUGUCUAGAGAUUUAGUUAAAAACAAAACAAAAAAAAGAAAAAAAAAAAAGAAAAAAAGGUUGAUCAAAUCUGUACAGUUUCUAUUGUUCCAGAUUUUUUUAAGUUUGUAUUAAAAGCAUGAUAUAAUAA